CGAUGAAGAAUUUGUGCUUGAAAUCGUCCGUCAACUGCCCUUGCAAAGGAUUGUUUAAUCCUCAUUUAUAUUUCAUCCGCAAACAUCCUUUAUACCCUCACGACAAAAUGUCCGAAGUGAAAACAUACGACUGGAGCGACAUCUCCUCACACAAUACCCGUGACAACCUUUGGAUGGUCAUUGAGGGGAAAGUGUACGAUGUAACAAAGUUCUUGGACGAGCACCCAGGUGGCGAAGAGGUUAUGGUGGAGCAGGGUGGCCAAGAUGCAACAGAGGCCUUUGAUGAGAUUGGGCACUCUGACGAUGCUCGUGAUCUUUUGAAGACCAUGUACCUUGGAGAUCUUAAGCCAUCGGCAGGAAAGGCGGACAAGGCUGCAUCCAAGGUGGCGGCAGCUGGUCAGGCCACUAAGGACGCGGUAAAACAGAGCGCUGGAGGAUCUAGCUCAAUCUUCUUUGCAUUGGUACCCGUGGUUGUCGUGGUCGCCUUCGCAGUGUACAAAUUUUUGGAGAAGCAGCACUAGAUCGAUCGGCUUAACAUAGAGUAUUGAUAGGCGUACACUUGACGACGAGCAGCCGUCACUAGUAGUGGUGUGACAUAUCGGUUGGAAGCUCGUAGCUUCUCUCAUUCAAAUCAAAUAUUGUUGACACAUAUGUCUGACGUACCCUUGAGACAAUGUUCAAUUUAUCCUAUACAGAGAUUCUAAAUAGUAACAAGACAUCCAAAUGUCUGCUAAAUCC